CUGAGGAGUUCAUAGCGAUUGACUGCUCUGGUUGCUGAAUCUCUAGAGACGGCUGAAUCAAGGACAUUUUGUUUUUAGUCAGAAGACAAGAUGGUGUCUUUUCAAAACCACAGUGACCCCAUUGGCACGAAAACAGUGAAUUCCUGUGCAAAGAUUCCUGUGGAAGUGUUUUGUGAACCAAAGAAUAUAUGCAAGGCCUUCCAGGAUAUUUCUGCCUACUUUUCUGAUGAAGAGUGGGGAAAGCUGACCAAAUGGCAGAAAAGUGCCUACGUGUAUAUGAAAAGGAACUACAUCAGGAUGACUGGCCUAGGGGUCACAGUAACCAAACCAGUUUUCAUGCGUUGCAAGGAGCAGGCCAAGCAGUCUGUGGUCGAAUGUAUUGAAGUUCAUGACAGUGAAGAUGAAUGUUCUGAUGAAACCUAUGGUGUGCCACCGAGGAAACGGGUGAAGCUGGCAUCAGUGACCAUAAGUAUUCAUAAUGUAAAAGGAAGACUUGCCUCUGGAAAGAAUGGUUCUAAUUUGGCAGGAGCUGGUGGUAUUCAGGUAAAUGCUUGGAGCCACCGACUGCGAGAGAGGAAGACUCGAGUGAUAUAUGAAGAGAUUAGUGAUCCCGAAGAAGAUGAUGAAGAUUGA